CCUGACAAGAAGGCGUGUUUAUUGACGUCACAGCAGUUUGCCGAAAGGAUUAAGUUGGGAUUGUCAGCAUCAUGUUCCACGGGAUACCAGUCACGGGAGGAGUAGGGGGAGCUCCAGUCAAUAAGCCAGAGUUAUACGAGGAGGUGAAAUUAUACAAAAAUGCAAGGGAACGAGAAAAGUAUGACAACAUGGCAGAGUUGUUUGCUGUUGUCAAAACCCUGCAGGCCUUGGAGAAGGCGUACAUCAAAGACUGUGUAACACCUAAUGAGUACACUGCUUCCUGUUCCAGACUCUUGGUUCAGUAUAAGGCUGCUUUCAAACAGGUGCAAGGCUCUGACGUGGGCUCCAUCGAUGACUUCUGCAGGAAGUACAGACUUGACUGCCCUUUAGCAAUGGAAAGGAUCAAGGAGGAUCGGCCAAUCACCAUCAAGGAUGACAAGGGCAACCUGAACCGCUGCAUUGCAGAUAUAGUUUCUCUCUUCAUCACUGUGAUGGACAAACUGAGACUGGAGAUCAGGGCUAUGGAUGAGAUCCAGCCAGACCUGAGGGAGCUGAUGGAAACCAUGAACAGAAUGAGCAACAUGCCUCCAGACUCUGAGGCUAAGGACAAAGUCAGUCUCUGGUUGACCACCCUCAGCAGCAUGUCGGCCUCAGAUGAGUUGGAUGAUAAUCAGGUUCGUCAGAUGCUGUUCGAUCUGGAGUCGGCCUACAACGCCUUCAACCGCUUCCUCCACUCCUCCUAAAGCAUCUCUCCAUCAUAGAUCUAUCAGUGUGGAAGUCUGACUCAAAUAGCUGUUAAGUUAAAAGACACAACAUGCUGUUUUCUUCUGACUUAUCUGGCAGGCAGUGGAUUCACGUCUGGACAGCUCUUCUGUCUCGUAUCCCCCCCAGUUUUUCUCUCUGUACAUUUGGUUCAUGUGUUAUUUAAUCAACUGUUCUACUGAAUCUACUGUUUCCGGUACAUCGUGCAGCCUUGCCCACUGUCGGCCUUUUUUUCUACCCAAACUGGUGUGAUAAAUCCUUUUACAUUGGUUAUUUAUUCUGCCCUGCACAGAACUUUGUAAUGGAACAUCAAAAAAGGUCUAAUUUUAUACCUAAGUUUUGCAGCGCACCAACAAAGAAGCACGAUACAAGUAUAUUUAACUCCUUAUGAAAAAAAAGGAUAGAGCCGCCAAAGUCUUUGUAUUAUUGGCAAGGAGAAUUAUUAUAUAUUUUGUCUUUUUGGUACCCAAAUUAUAUCCCCAAUCCUGUCACUCAUGUCUUUGUUCUGUUCACCAUGUCUCUUUUCUAUCCCAUAGUUUUUAACUGUAGAAUCAUAUAGUAGUGUGUGUAAAUAGAAAAAGGGACCUUACAUAGGCUACAGUUCAUUGUCUCUGUCUAUCAGUUAGCCGAUGAAAUGCUGAAACAAUUAUUUGGGACCAGAAAAUGAUUAAAUUACACCUCAGACUAAUCAUAUUGGACACGAAGGUGAAGAAAAUUGUUUACAAUGAUUACUUUUUCCUGUCCCUGCAUUAUAUUAACAUGGCUAAUCCACGUUUCCCUUCUGAACUUAGGUUUCACCACAUUAUACACGGGCAAAAGAAGGAGGAGCUGUACACGCUACCUCCUUAUCUUGCUUGCUAAAUAUGUUUCAGCACCGUUAGGGAGAACAUAUUUAUUUAGAUGUAUCAAUGUAAAUACUAGUUUUGAUUUUUAAAUAAAAGCAUGUAACACCUUUCUAGAAAUAAAUUGAGUCUUUUGCUGA